UCCCCGUAUGUUUAUGGUCAAGGAGUGCAGGGAAAUUCACUCGACACGUUCGCAGUUGGUGGACAUCUUAUACCGUGUGCAUGUUGAGUAUACCUUACACUGGUGAGAACGGGUUCGGGAGUCUGUCAUUUCAGCCAUCAGACAUGUACUCCAGUUCGUGCCGUCCCGGUCUGUUCUUAUGGGUCGUUGUGAUUUGGACGUCGUACAUUCCCGUAUCCGUUGUUACGACUAUGUCCGAUGAACAGAGAUUACUAAAAAAACUGAAGAAGAACUACGAUCCUGCUGUGAGGCCGGUGUACAAUGCCUCCGACAAGGUUGUCAUCGGACUGGGUAUUACAUUAACACAGAUACUGGAUGUGGAUGAAAGGAACCAAGUGCUGACUUUGAACGUAUGGCUUGAUCAGGAAUGGACUGACGAAAAGUUACACUGGGACCCGUUACUGUACGGAAAUCUUACGACAAUUAGGGUCCCAUGUAAGCUGAUCUGGAAGCCUGACAUUGUACUCUACAACAGCGUUGAGAGCCACGAGGGUUAUAUGCAAUCUCUGAGCAUGGUGCAAUAUGACGGUCAUGUGUUCUGGCCUCCAAUUGUGCGCAUGCGCAGUUCGUGUAAGAUGGACAUAACUUAUUUUCCAUUUGACGACCAGAUUUGUUUGCUGAAGCUUGGGUCGUGGGCAUACGAUGGAUUCCAGGUGGAUGUCAUGAAUCGCACCACCGAUAUAGACUUGUCCAAUUACGUCGACAACGGCGAAUGGAUAUUAAUUGACACGAAGGCUGUGAGAAAAGUCGUUCACUACCCCUGCUGCCCUGAACCAUUUCCGGAUGUGACGUUUUACAUACACAUGCGCAGGCGAACAUUAUACUACAUGUUUAACGUAAUUGUGCCCUGUAUUCUUUUGUCUACACUCUCGUUGGCCGGAUUUUACCUACCCCCGGAUUGCGGAGAGAAAAUCACCCUUGGACUGACAGUGCUUCUAGCCCUGUCUGUUUUCAUGCUGCUAGUUGCGGACAAUAUACCAGCCACGUCCGAGUUCGCGCCUUUGAUAGGGAUAUACUUAACCAUAGUGAUGGCCAUCAGCGCAAUCUCCGUGGUUUUGUCUGUUUUCGUUUUGAGUCUACACUACCGAGGAAAUCGGUUCAAAAGGCCUCCACUCUGGUUAAGGCGGAUCAUGUUCCAGUGGAUCGCCAAGAUCUUGCGGGUACGAAUUCACGACCACAACAACCACGACUGGUACGAGAAAACACUGACUCAUCAACUCUCCGACGAUUCUCUGAAUUCUUUCAUGACCGAAAUAACAAAGUGUGAUUUACAUUGUAACGGGUUAAAACACCCCUUAACGAAAGAGGAGAUUCGUCAUACAGUAGGUGGACAAGGUCACCGACAGUUGGCGCCUGUGCACAUGACGGAAGAGGAGGUGUUAAAGUAUUUUCAGUUGGUUCUUGCAGGCCAUGACAAAACAAUGAUGGAGAGAAGCCUAAUUGAAGAAUGGCAAGAUAUUGCCGUCAUUGUUGAUCGAAUCUUUUUCUGCUUCUUUUUAACUGUGACUAUUUUGUCAACAAUCAUUUUGCUCGUGAUACAACCGAUGACAAAGCACAUAAACAUUGAGCAAACAAUCCAGAGUUAAAUAUAAUUCUAAAAAAACGUAUAGUUUUUUGAAAAACAGUUUUGAAAAGUAGAAAGUGUUAGAUAUUGUUAACAAGGACAUUGUCAGUCCGAUUUUGAUACAAGUAAAAUAAUAUGUGAGCUGGGCUGUUCCUCACCUUAAUGUAUAUUACUCCACAACGGCGAAUAAAAAUGCUCAAUUCUUUGUA